AUGGCUAUGGCAAUGGCGAAAUACCUCAAGAGCACCGAUACUAGCAUGCUCAAGAGCAAGCAUCAUGCUUGCAGCUCCACCGUAAAGGCAGCUUCACCCCAUGAGAUGGAACGUGGUGUAAUGAGCAUCGUUACCAACAAUCGCAACACUGUCGAUGGACCUCGUGUGCCCGGAGUUCGUUGGGGAUUUCAACCCAUGUCUACCGAAGCUCAUCGAUUCCUCGGCAAUACCAGAGCUAGCACGCAGAUGGCGGAGUCCGUGCUACCGCCGGCAAGCGCUGAGGUAGGGCAUACCAUGGUCCCGAUGCAGAGCUUGUGUGGCAGACCCAUGGUUCACGUUGCUGACAACUUGCAGCAGUCGGUCGGUACAGCCGUAGCGAACCCACUUUACGGUGUAGAGAGCGAUAUUGCAAUGCCGUAUCAGUACUGUCGAAGUCUGCCUACAGAUCUCUCCCCACUCCAUGAUGGCGGUAAAUCGGCAGCCGGUCGCGUUUCAUCAGACGUCGCACAGUUGAAUCCGUUCGUGCCAAACAGGGAUCCCAUGGUCUACAAUCAACUGAGUGACAGCUAUGUGCCGUCUUUUGGUAGCAAAGGCGUGCCACAUACGGCCAUGAACGUUGACGAUAGGUUUCAAGGUCUCAUGAUCAACAACGACGUAACGUCCUUCGUUAGCGACGUGGCUCGACCCUCAGCUGCUGCCGCAGGUCCUAUCAAUCACCGAUUCUCGAUGCCGACUUUGACGCUGUUGGAAGAUGAGGAGGACGAGAGAAACUGGAACGGAUGCUGCUCUGACAGCAACAGCAUCUCAAUAUCUGAAAUCGCAAACACUGUCGUUACGGCGUCUGCAUCGUUGGCGGCGUCAAUGGGUGCAGGGUCAGAGCCGACGCGACCAAAGUCUCUGAUGCUCUACAAAACGGAGGAAGACAAGACGAAACCAAAACGGGCCCAUCGACUUUGCUCGGUAAGCAAAUGCGGUAAGCGUGCACGAUCCCAGGAUUUAUGCAUUGCUCACGGUGGCGGUCGCCGAUGCAUUGCCAAAGGCUGCAACAAAAGUAGUCAGGGUGGUAACAUGUGCAUUAAGCACGGGGGUGGCAAGCGGUGCACACAUCAAGGCUGUAGCAAGGCUGCGCAGACCAACUUGCUUUGCAAAGCUCAUGGAGGAGGGUCGCGUUGCCAAUUCCCACAAUGUUCGAAAAGCUCUCAAGGUGGCGGAUUCUGCCGGGCUCAUGGAGGUGGCAAACGUUGUGUUGCAGUAGGAUGCAGCAAAGGAACGCAACGUGGAGAUUUCUGUGCACUGCAUGGCGGGUCUCGCUUUUGCGAGGUUCCUGGAUGUAUGCGCAAUGACCGUGGAGGAGGCUUUUGCGCGCAACAUGGUGGCGGUAAGCGAUGCAACGUUGUCGAGUGCAAUCGCUCGUGUAGACGGAACGGGCUAUGCUCGACGCACUUGCGUUUAUCGGGACCCGACACUGGAGAGAAUGUUUGA